GGGGACUUGCAAAUAGAAGAGUGUGAUCAACAAAAGCAUGCAUAGAAAUAUACGCAUCAAACCACGUACUGAUGGAAUUCCGUUAUCUCCAAACCUUUUGCAUGGGAUUAAAAAAGAUAUUCCACGCAUACGCACUGGUUUGCAAAAGAACAGGUUACAGUAACAUAAAACAUAUGGACACAGGCAUGUGUUUAGUCGAGAAAUCGAUGACAUCCAUUACCCUUGGUACAGGUGUUCUGUGGCACGGUGGCAAAGCCAUACCUGGCUGCCCGGAAGCUCUUCAGAAACUCAAAGAAUUGGGCAAAAAAAUAUUUUACGUCACAAACAACAGCAGCAAGACUAGAGCCCAGGUUGCUGACAAAUGUAGAAAUAUGGGAUUCCCUGCUGAUUUAGAAAAUGUUGUCUGCACAGCCCACAUAUCUGCCCUAUAUCUUAAAAACAUGAACUUCACUGGCAAGGUAUACAUGGUUGGAAACAGCAGCAUGGCAGCAGCACUGGAUGAGCUUGGCAUCAGAUAUGAAGGAAUUGGGCCAGAUGUUGUUGCUGCUAGUGAGGCGAGCUUUGAUUCUGUUGCCAAGUAUCAAACAGAAUGGAAGCCUAAUCCAGAGGUCAGGUGUGUGCUGGUAGGAUUUGACCCACAUAUCAGCUACGUUAAGAUGAUCAAGGCUGCCACAUAUGCUAGCAACAAGAACAACUUGUUCCUAGCAACCAAUGAGGACCCGUUCCUUCCAACGCAAGAUUCUGUUGUUAUACCUGGGACAGGAAGUAUUGUUGCCACGGUGAAGAUUCCAGCCAGACGUGAGCCUCACAUAAUGGGCAAGCCAGGUACGGCCAUGUUUGAUAUGCUGCACGAGGUCCAUGGGCUGCAAGCAGAGAAAACCAUCAUGGUUGGAGACAGUUUGAAGACUGAUAUCGCAAUGGGUGUUAACUGCGGUAUUAAGUCGAUGCUGGUUUUGACAGGAGUUGAUGACCUCCGGCGCGUGGAGGAAAAUCAGAAUUCGGACGACCCCCAUUGUCGCCAAGUAGUGCCGGACUACUAUAUAGACUCUUUUGCUACGCUAGGGGAAUAUAUAUAGGUGUCAUUUUGUUGUUAUACUUUGAUGUUUGUGUAUACCACAUUCUUAUGAUAUCUAGACAUUAAAGUUGCUCUUCCUUUUUAGCUCACCUGAGCACAACGUGCUCAUGGUGAGCUUUUGUGAUCGCUUUAUUUCGGACGAGUUUGAAAAUGGUCCAGAUCGGUGAAAAAACAUUGCCGCCAGGUGGCGGGGCAGUUUUCCUUAUAUGGCUAUAGUAAAACCUUGUUAACACAUUUAUCGUCCAAUCUUCAUGAAAUUUGGUCGGAAGAAUGGUCCCAUUGAUAUCUUGGAUGAGUUUGAAAAUGGUUACGUUUGCUUGAAAAACAUGGCUGCCAAGGGGCGGGGCAUUUUUCCUUAUAUGGCUAUAUAUGGCUAUAGUAAAACCUUGUGAACACUCUAGAGGCCACAUUUAUUGUCCAAUCUUCAUGAAAUUUGGUCAGAAGAUUGGUCUCAAUGAUAUAUUGGAUGAGUUCGAAAAUGGUUACCUUUGCUUGAAAAACAUGGCUGUCAAGGGGCGGGGCAUUUUUCCUUAUAUGGCUAUAUUAUGGCUAAUGUAAAAUCUUGUUAACACUCUAGAGGCCACAUUUAUUGUCCGAUCUUCAUGAAACUUGGUCAGAAGAUUCACCACAAUAAUAUCUUGGACAAGUUCAAAAAUGAUGCUGGUUGGUUGAAAAACAUGGCUGCCAGGGGGCGGGGCAUUUUUCCUUAUAUGGCUAUAGUAAAACCUUGUUAACACUCUAGAGGCCACAUUUAUUUUCCGAUCUUCAUGAAACUUGGUCAGAAGAUUUUUCCUACUGAUAUCUUGGAUGAGUUCAAAAAUGAUUUCGGUUGCUUAAAAAACAUUGCCACCAGGGGGCUGGGCAUUUUUCCUUAUUUGGCUAUAUAUCAUGCUUUAAUAAAACCUUUUUAACACUCUGGAGGCCACAUUUAUUGUCCGAUCAUCAUAAAACUUGGUCAGAUGAUUUGUCCCAAUGAUAUCUUGGAUGAAUUCGAAAAUGGUUCCGGUUGAUGGAAAAACAUGGCCGCAAAAGGGGGCGUGGCAUUUUUCCUUAUAUAGCUAUAGUUAAACCUUGUUAACACUCUAGAAGCCAUAUUUAUUGUACGAUCAUCAUGAAACUUUGUCAGAAGAUUUGUCCCAAUGAUAUUUUGGACAUGUUCGAAAGUGGUUCCAGUUGCUGGAAAAACAUGGCCACCAGUGGGCGGGGCAUUUUUCCUUAUAUGGGCUUAUGAAUCUUCAUGAAACUUUGUCAGUAUAUUUGUUUAGAUGAUAUCUUGGAUGUGUAUGAAAAUGGUUCUGGUCUGUUAAAAAACGUGGCUGCCAGGGUGUUCACUAGUCAUGAAAGUUGGUAAAAACAUUGUUCUAAUGACAUCUUGGGCUGCACAGAACAGGUCAGUUCCUUUGAAUCUCAGGUGAGCAACUUUUGGACCUUUCAGGCCCUCUUGUUGGAUAUUUUUAUUUAUUGGUAUUGUUUAUAAAUGAUCUUUGUUGUUGAUAUGGUAUUUUAUGUAAAUUUUAUAUCAAAAUGGAUAUAUACUUACUAAGAAACAA